CCAAAGAAGGGGGCGCACCCUGUCUUGGCUGCUUUGGCGAAUCUAGGCGGACCAUCGGGACAAAACCUUUUAAGUAAAAAACCUGUUUUCCUUUUACAGACCCUGAAGAAAAAGGGGAACCGGGAGAACGUCGAAAGAGAACGAUGCCUAGUACCGACCUUCUGACGUUGAAGGCCUUUGAGCCUUACUUCGAGAUUUUGGAAGCAUAUUCCACAAAAGCCAAGAAUUAUGUAAAUGGAUAUUGUACCAAGUAUGAGCCCUGGCAGCUCAUUGUAUGGAGCGUCCUGUGGACCCUGCUGAUAGUCUGGACAUACGGGUUUAUCUUCCAGCCGGAGAGCUUAUGGUCAAGGCUUAAAAAGAAAUUUUUUAGGCUGGUGAGGAAGAUGCCGUUUCUUGGUAGCAAGAUUCAGAAAGAAUUAGACAAGAUCACGAAGGACCUUGGGAAGCACUUGCAGUACCUGAAAGUGGAUAAAGACUAUGUGAGAGUCCUGCCAGCCCAGGGUCUGAGCACAACAGCAGUCUUGGAGAGACUCAAGGAGUACAGCUCCAUGGAUGGUGUUUGGCAAGAAGGGAAGGCCUCAGGAGCUGUGUACAGUGGGGAGGAGAAGCUUACGGAGCUGCUUGUGCAGGCGUAUGGGAAUUUUGCAUGGAGUAACCCAUUGCAUCCGGAUAUUUUCCCAGGACUACGUAAAAUAGAGGCAGAAAUUGUGAGGAUGGCAUGUUCCUUGUUCAAUGGGGGACCGGAUUCUUGUGGAUGUGUGACCUCCGGGGGAACAGAAAGCAUCCUGAUGGCCUGCAAAGCUUAUCGGGACCUGGCGUUAGAUAAGGGGAUCAAAACUCCUGAAAUGGUGGUUCCCAAAAGUGCCCAUGCUGCCUUUGACAAAGCAGGCAGUUAUUUUGGGAUGAAGGUGGUGCGAGUCCCACUGAACAAGAUGAUGGAGGUGGAUGUGCGGGCCAUGAGAAGAGCCAUCUCCAAGAACACUGCUAUGCUCGUCUGUUCUGCGCCGCAGUUUCCUCACGGUGUGAUAGACCCGAUCCCAGAAGUGGCCAAGAUGGCUGUCAAAUACAAAAUACCUCUUCAUGUAGAUGCUUGUCUGGGGGGUUUCCUCAUUGUCUUUAUGGAGAAAGCAGGAUACCCACUGGAGAUACCGUUCGAUUUCCGUGUAGAAGGUGUGACCAGCAUUUCGGCCGAUACCCAUAAGUAUGGCUACGCCCCUAAAGGCUCGUCAGUGGUGUUGUACAGUGACAAGAAAUACAGGAAGUACCAGUUCUUCAUUGGCACAGAUUGGCAGGGAGGCAUCUAUGCUUCCCCAAGCAUUGCAGGCUCACGGCCUGGUGGCAUCAUUGCAGCCUGUUGGGCCACCUUGAUGCACUUUGGUGAGAACGGCUACGUUGAAGCCACCAAACAGAUCAUCAAAACUGCUCGCUUCCUCCGAUCUGAACUGGAAAAUAUCAAAGGCAUCUUCAUCUUCGGGGAUCCUCAGUUGUCAGUCAUUUCUCUGGGCUCCCGUGAUUUUGACAUCUACCGGCUGUCUAACAUGAUGACUGCUAAGGGGUGGUACUUGAACCAGUUGCAGUUCCCACCCAGUAUUCAUAUCUGUAUCACAUUAGUACAUACCCGGAAGCGAGUUGCAAUCCAGUUCUUAAAGGACGUCCGUGAAUCUGUCACCCAAAUCAUGAAGAACUGUAAAGCAAAGGUCACAGGAAUGGGUGCCAUCUAUGGCAUGUCCCAGGCAAUCAUUGACAGGAACCUGGUUGCGGAAAUCUCCUCAGUCUUCUUGGACAGCUUGUACAGUACGGAUGCUGUAACCCAGGGCAGCCAGAUGAAUGGUUCUCCAAAACCUCGCUGAGCUUGGGCCUUUUCUAGGCCAUCCCAGAGGGCUCCUGGCUUCAGAAGGUUCUCCGGGUAUGGAACAGGCCACCCACAACUUCGACAUCUGGUCUUGCUCCAUAGAGCACGAAGAUAGGCCAUGUGACAGCUUGAGCCUCAGGAUUCUUGUUUCUCCUUUUGUUACCUUUUGUGGUUUUAAAUUUGAAGGCCUUGAAGGAUUCUACUGCAUUAUGAACCUGCCCUUGUUAUAAAUGUAGUGGUAGGAAUUGUUUUAACCAUUUCCUUAUCUAACUUCUCUUGUUUUUUUCUUCACUUCAUCAUUGUGUGGUGGCUCUGACAUGUAGGGAAGCUAUGAGAUCCCAGAGGGUUUGUUACCCAAGCAGAGGCUUUAGCUAACAAAGUGGAAGGCAUUUAUGUAACAUUUCCCUGAGUGGGUCUUUGGUGCAUCGUAGGUGGGAAGCUUUUUCAGCCCUGUGCUUAGAUUAGGACAGUUGUCUCUCUUAGAGUCACUUUUACUGAAACUUGCUGUGUUUUUCCAGGACACAGGUUGUCCAUGUUGUACCCUGUGAUGUGGAGGAGCGUGUCUACUCAGUAGCCCAUGGCAGGGUUUGUAGUGCUUCAGUGGUCCUCAUCUGUCCGUGCUUGCAGGCCCCAUUUGAUACUCAGUUGGAGUGUUUAUUGGAAAUGAUGUUCCCAUUACCUUGUUGUUUCAUGGAUAGGACGAGAAUGUGGUUUGCAGAGGAUCUAGGACUUUCUGGCUAUGGUGCUGCCUCCUUGAAUUGGCAGUGGCCGGAGUAGAGCACACCAAGCCCUCUCCUGGACCUACGAUGAACAGACACCAGACCCUUUUCUGUACUUCCUGAACGUCAGCUUAGGUGACCACCCAGUUUCAAGUAUGUGUCACCAGAGUUGGCGGUGGUCCUCUGCUCCCCAUUGCCUUAACUCGUGUGAUGAGAGUAUGUUCGCUGAAGGAAGAGCUCAGAGCACCUCCACAAGUUGCCUUGACUUAGCCUGGGUGGGUGUGAGGAGAGUGCAGGGAACAUUUUCCCUCCAUUUGUGUGUUCUUCCUGCCCAUUCUCCUUUGCUCAGUUUCCAAAGGUACUUUGGCAGGUUAGCCUCAGGUACUGGCCACACCUCAGUCCUAGCUAAAAGGGAGCAGUGUAGGAUUAGAUAAACAUCUGGGAAUGGAUAGUACGGCGGUGAGCAGACAUUAUAUGGCCCUGGGCCUGGGAUUCCUUUGUAAGACUAGUUGCUCAGGGUGGUGCAGGGGCAGGACAAAAUCCUGCACCCACUUCCUACUCUCUUCUUCAUUUCUGGGGGCCUUGAUCUAGGCUGAGCCACCGUUGCUCUCUAGUGACAUUCCACGUGCCUUUCUCCACUAAUAGUGAGCUCUUCCUGGUCUGGACCUUGGGGAAGCGGACCAGACUUUGAGGUUUCUGUGUGGGUUGGAGGGAACUUAGAACAAGUGAAGAGGAACUUUGCUCUGCUCCCCUGCCUUUCUCAGGGACUCCUGAACAUGCAGCCUCUGCAGAUGCUGUCAUCUGGCCCCCUCGUGGGAGCCGCAGCCACCAGACUUUCCUCCAGGCUCCUAGCGUGUCUGCUGGGAGUUUCUUUAGCACUGUACUUCUUAGGCAGUAACUGACCAUCACUGCAGAGCUCGUGUGGUACGUACGUGCCGUGUGCAUCCCUGUGUUCAGCCGUGGUCGAUGUAUGUGUGUGUCAGGGAGAAGCUGAGACCUUUAGGACACGGGAAUCAUAUGCUUCCUUCAGUUGCUGGACUGUUGGAAGAGACCUAGAGAACCAGAGCCACCAGCAGGCACCAGAAUGGCUACUGGCUGCUAAAAUAGAAGCCUGUGCCCUACAGCCUCCUCAGGACCAGACCCUGAGCACCUCACUUCCUCUGUCCUGUGACUGCAUUAGUGCCAGGGGCUGAUGGUGUUUUCAAAGGGACCUACAGUAGCCACUUUAAUUUCUGAUUGAGAGUCUUAGUUUGAUUUAAUGCAUUUUUAGCCUUUUCAUUUUAUGUGUAUUUGUGUGUGAAAGCACAGAAUACCUGUUGUGACAAA